AUGGAAAUGCACAAAAACAGUUACUAUUUUACCAGUGAACCAAACUGUUCACUUGCCAACUAUGAUUACAGCUAUUGUUCGCCAGAGGAAAUGUUCGACGAUAUACCGUCAAAUGGUCGUCGUUUGUAUACCUAUGUGGAGGAUCAGGUGGUAAUUCGAUUAAAUCAGAGUAACGAACGAGUGGGUUUCUCGAUGAGCGGUGGUGCUGACGAGAAUCUUCAGAGUGUCAUAAACAGCGUCUUGCCUGGUUAG